AUGAUAGGCGCCACCAGGCGCUGGUUCCAGCGCAAUCGCAGAGGCCUUGCGAUCGGGGCUGGAGUCCUGGGAGCUGGCUACUUAGCUGGCCAGUAUGUGCUGUCCAAGAUCUCCGAGGCGCGUGAGCGCAUGAGCAGCGACCGCAUCGCCCGCGAAAACCUGCGUCGCCGAUUCGAACAGAAUCAGACCGAUUGCACCUACACCGUUCUGGCACUGCUGCCCACCGCCACGGAAAACAUCGUCGAGGCUCUUCCCGUCGAGGAGCUUACGAAGGAGCUGCAGAAGAAGCGCGCUGAGAGGCUGGCUCGCCUCAGCGCCGGGGAGCCUCCUGGCUCGGAUAUGAGCUCGGUGUCACCCAGCUUGCCGGAGGAUGAUCGCUCGAGCUUCCAGAGUGAGGGAUAUGUUCACACAAGUCAGAUGGCCGAGUCUGUGGAUGAUGGACAACCCAAGGUCAAACGGAACAAAACCCAGCUUUGGAAUGAGGUGAAAAUCACCUCUAUCACGCGAUCCUUCACUUUGAUCUACACGCUCUCCCUGCUCACCAUCUUCACUCGCAUCCAACUCAACCUCCUCGGCCGUCGAAACUACCUUUCCAGCGUCAUCUCCAUGGCUACGCCCCAGACCGACUCGACCAUUAGCUUGGAAGAUCAUGAUGAAUUGACCCAGACUCUCGGUGACGACUUCGAGACCAAUCGGCGAUACCUUGCGUUCAGCUGGUGGCUGCUUCACCGGGGAUGGAAGGAACUGAUGGAGCGUGUCCAAAUGGCCGUGACAGAGGCCUUUGGUCCUUUGAAUCCACGGGAGGAUAUAACCUUGGCCAAGCUGUCGGAGUUGACAUUACAGAUUCGGAAGAAGGUGGAGGGUAGCACGGAAGAGGAGCGCCGGUCCCAGAACUGGCUAUCUUGCCUGCUACCCCCGAGGGAAGAAGAGGAGUUCGUUUUGCGGGAGUCCGGGGUGGAGGGAGUGACGGACCCAUCUUCGUUGCAUACAACCUCGACCCUGCGUCAUCUCUUGGAUGAAACCGCCGACCUCAUCGAGUCCCCAACCUUCUCGUACGUGUUGACUCUUCUCAACAACGAAGGGUUCUCACUGUUAGUCGACCAAAAAUGCGCCACUGAUGCCUUCAGGCCGUCAACCUCUGCUCCAGAGACUGCACCGCAAUCGUUCGAGUCGGUCGCUACUGUUGUCCCCCUGGCCACAGGAGAGCGCAAGACGAAGCUCGCCAACCUCCUCGCCGUGCUAGCGCGCCAGGCCCAUGUGAUUGGUAAUGGCACCCACCCGCCAAACGAGUAUCUGAAUGCGCUGGACCAGAACGUGCGCGAGCUCGAGGCAUUCUCGGCUGUGGUGUACAGCUCGAAUUUCGACCUGGAGUCGCUGGGUGCCAAGGAGACGACUACAUCCAGUAUCUUGAAUGAUCAUGAUUCCUCUUCCUCAUCAUAUGCCCCUGUGAUGGUCGAGACCGCGGAGACCGCUAGCAGCAGCGUUCCGGUCCUGGUUGAUAAUGACCAGAAGGAUGAGGUUGGGUCUCAGGCACAACAAGAAGAAGUUGACUCUUCUUUCGAGCAGGCCUGGGGUAAGGCUACCUCGACGGAGUAA